AAUGCCCAUCGUGUUUAACUUCAAGAUAUUUCUGUGUUGCUCUGUAUGUUGGUUUACAAUUCUCCAGCAUGAAGUGUUCAGAGCCUUUGCAUGGGGUUGGUUUUUCAUGCACAUGUGAAGCAAAAAUGACAGUAGAUUCCUUGUUAUUUCGAAAUAACGUUCUUAGUAUCAGCUCACUGGCUGUACCUCAAGUUGAAUAUCAAGCUAUGAUUCAUUUCCAUUCACCGAAAGAAACAUCACUUAGUGCUUCAAAUAUAACCAACAGCACUUUUACAUUACAAACCUCAAACAGUCUAAUCAUCAAGAACAUAAUCACCAAUGUUGUAAUGCAGCGCUCAGAUGAAAUGGAAUCAUACAGUUGCUACAAUGGUGUACAGUGUACAUUGUAUGGAGGUUAUUUCUUUGUAUCUGGUUUAUUGUAUUUGAAGCCAAACUCCAGUGACAACUGUAAACUACAUGGCAUGCACAAAUUAUCUGCAUCAAUUUCAUCAAGUCUAGGAAGAGGUAAUUCACAGGCUGAAUCAUCAGUAUUAAUAACUGGCUCUACUGAUUUGAAUCUUGUAUAUGGCAAUAUCUCUUAUCGUAUACAUAGCAAUGGUGUGCUUGAGCUGUCUGCAGUUGCCCAUGCUCAGUAUAUAGGAAAUACGAUUCUCAAAUCACUUCCUAAGGAAAGUUUUAUUCAACUCCAGUUGGAUCUGUACAAGGUUGCAGAAGAUAUGACCAACACCGCUUCAACCGCUGUUCUCUCAUUAUCACCUACAUGUAAUGAAUAUAAAUGCAAGACAGGCAUAUCAAAGUUAUACCCUGGACAAGUUGUUACAAUUUUCCAAACUUUUUAUGUAUUUUCUGGUAAGAUUAAAACCCUUGGCUGCUUGUCACCUCACCAUUGGAUGUUAGUUGCCAAAACAUCUAAUGCCUAUGAUCUACCACUGGAACAAUGUAUGUCAAACAAUGUGAUUAAGCUCCCCUUGCUUACUGAGAAGCUUAAUUGCUCCAAUGUUCCAACUACUUUGCAGGAUAGCCUUGUUAAAGCACAUGUUAUUCCUCUUCAGAUAGGACUUACUCUACCUAACCUACCAAGAUCAUUAUUUCCUGCAUUUCAAAAUGAAUUUUUAGUUGAAAUAGACACAAUGAUAGAAAAGAAUAAAGUUAGUCCUGAUCUGUUAGAUCUGUACUCCAUAACAGGACCAACUAGCACAAAUACUCUCAACAUAACUGCCCAUUUUAAGCUAACACAGACAAGCUGUGAGGACGAAUCCUGCAAAGAUAUUUUCAUUGGAUCUACUUCUUUGUUUCACAAUGUCAACAAACUAUUGUUUGAACAAAAUUCUGUAAAUUCUAUUCAGAGAUUCCAAACCAUGUUAGAAUCGAAUAACAUCAGAAUGUGUGGUUGGGUUUAUCUAUCGUGGUCAUUCACUGUAUCAUCUACCAACAGACGGGUUAUACAGUUCCAAGUAAAAGAUGCUUUAUUGCCUGAUAAAUCUUAUCUGACAUACUUGUUGUGUUCAGAACCAUAUAUCUCUAGUGCUGGAUUUACUUUGCGCCAUAUAACAUCAAUACCUCUUAUAUCAUACGAGCAUUUUGAAAGAUUCAAAUUUGAAGUGCGGUUUAUUAUAAGCACAGCAUCAUGCAUACCUGACAAUUUAACAAUUAAUUCACCUCAUACAAAUUUGUUAACAAACGCAAGUUCAGCAUUUCCAAAACUCUCUCUUACAUCUUUACAAACUUUUGAAUAUCCACCUUCGAGUUUCUUAGCUAUUAAUCAUCCAGGAAUCCACCAUCUGGUAAUCGCUCAAGCUGAAUUAGAGGUUUUACCUCAAUCGGAUGGACGAUUCUUGUAUGUUCCACUGUUUAUUAGAUGUGGACCUGAGUUUUUAAAAGUUGGAAUAAUACCUGGUGAAACUUUUAAGACAACAAGACCAGCAAUACCUACUUUUGAAGUUACAAGAUUUAGUUUGUUGGAGGGCACAAGUCUAACACAUAAUCUUUUAGAUUUGAAUGUUUCAACCUUAUUCUCCAAUGAAAGAGAUGUCAAAAUGGUUAAUUUUUUGGAACCAUAUUACUUAGAAGUGAAAUACAACGGACCACACCUACCUAUUCAGCCUUAUAGUUUUACAAAUGCUAUUAUUGUCUAUUUCAUUAUAAGCAGCCAUGAUUUGAAUGGAAAUAAUGAAAUACUUCUUCAUCAACUUCAACCAAAUGAUGCACAAAGAGCAAUACUUCAAGGACAAAUAUCUAAUGGAGAAAGUUUAAUGUUAAGCGACUUCGCAACAGGCAUUGGUGUUCCUGGUGAUAUGUGUGGUAACCUUACCAUUGGAAUAUUAUUGACUCACCCUGCAUCAGUGAUAGCUAACACGCCAGUGCUGUUUGACAGUCAAAGUUUAACAAGUUUUAAAAUUCUUGAUUUCUAUGUAAAUUGCCCACAUGAUAUUUUGAAGCUUGUGGGAAUUCAACUUAAAAUUGCCUUAAAUACUACUUUGGCAAACCAUUUAUCGGACAUACAGAAUCAAUGCUCACACCACUGCAACAAGUUCAAGUAGAAGGAUGGUUAAAAAUAAUAAACCAAAACAACCAGAAUCAGAAAUUAAAUCCUAACAACCUUAAAUGGCAAGCUGCUUUAUCCGAAGACCAAGGAUUUGAUAUCAAUGAUGAAUUCAUCAAUUUUUAUGAUACCACACUAUCAACAGUAGAUGGUACAAAUUCAGCAUAUUAUCAA